AUGAGUUUGGCCCUACUUACCCUUAAUCUUGUUUUCUUGAUUAUUUAUACUGCUGAUAUUGCUGUCACUGUUUAUCAGUGGAGAGCUGCAUUACAUGGUAUUCGACCAGCUGAUAGCGAAAUCGCCCUUCCCAAACUUGACAGAAAAAAACAUGAAGAAAGGAUUGAAAUAGCCAGGAAGGCUUACAAGAGCAAAUACUUGGAUGUGAUUACAGCUUCAGCGGCAGUAGCCGUUUUAAGUAUUGCGAUUUGGCUUGUCUAUGAGAAGAUCUACAAACACGGCAAGUCGAUCGCUUUGAAGGACUAUGAUGCCACUGCCACAUGUAUUCUUGCGGUAUCAUUAAAUGCUGUUUCCAAUGUGAUGUCCUCAGUGUUCGAAUUUUGGCUAGCUAAUGAUGAGUUGAACCUUGCCACUCAAGGCAAACCCUACCCGACAAGGAAAACGUCAUUCUUGAGUUACAGAAGCUUCUAUAUAGCUUGCGCAGCACUAUUAUUGAUAAUCUGGAGUUACGGGUUGUUGGAUUCGUCUUUAUUUACCUCUGGGGUGCUGAUUCUAGUACCGCUAAGCACCUCCAGCGACAAAUCACAGACCGUGAAACACGACGAUAUUCUGUCUCCAAGCAUAAAAGCUGAAUCGGAAUCAAGAGAACUGUCGUUUAAACUCAAACUAAAAAUAUUAAUUGUGUUAUACGGCUUUUUUAUUGCAUGUGUCUAUUUGUCGGUAUUUUUCUCUCUGAGGACAUGUAGUAGUAAUGAUAAGGCAGUCUACGAAGUUUCGACGCUUACAGGCCAACACAGCGAGGCUACUGAUAUGUCUAAGAUUUUAGAUGUCGCUCUUCAAUGGGCCACCAGUAAGCCAUUCAAGAAUGCUGUUGGAACAGUCUUCUUUGCUUCUAUGGUGUUUGGGAUAGCAUUUGGACCCAUCGGGCCUGCGUUAAUACACUAUAUAGGCGAAUCUUGGGCAUUUCGCGUGGCAGGGUUGUGUGGGUCUGCUUCAGUGGGACUAUCAAUAUCUGAUGCUACUCAUUUAUGGAGAUGGUAUAAUGAUUGCUCUGGCUAG